AAGAGGAACUCUACAGAAGACGAACUCUGCAGACGAAGAACUCUGCAGAAGAUGAACUCUGCAGAUGACGAACUCUGCAGACGAAGAACUCUGCAGAAGAUGAACUCUGCAGAUGACGAACUCUGCAGACGAAGAACUCUGCAGAAGAUGAACUCUGCAGAAAACGAAUUCUGCAGACGAAGAACUCUGCAGACGAAGAACUCUGCAGAAGACGAACUCUACAGAAGACGAACUCGGCAGAAGAUGAACUCUGCAGAACACGAAAUCUACAGACGAAGAACUCUGCAGAAGAAGAACCACAAAAGAAAAACUACAGAAGAAGAACUACGGAAGGAGAACCACAGAAGAAUAACUCAACAGAAGACAGAAGAAUAA